AUGAUGCAAGCGGACAACAGCAACGUGCUCGACGACAAUGACGAAGAGGAGAAAGCAGAGCACGCCACGCCGCUGACGAAGAGGAGAAAGCAGAGCACGCCACGCCGCUUCGUGCGCGCGCGAGAUGCACCGCACCAGAAGGAAGCGCGGGUGGUCGCGUGCAAGUGGGAGGGGUGCGACUUUGUCGCGGAUCUGCCCAAGCUCGUGGUGGAACAUGCGGAGAAGCAGCACGUGAACGAGUGCAGUGACUACACCUGCCGCUGGCACAACUGCUCGAUCAAGAGCGAGCGUGGCCAGCGAGCAUGGCUCGUGCGGCAUAUCAUGCAACACGUUGGCAUCCUCCCCUUCCCGUGUCCGAUGCCGCGUUGCCCCGCGUCCUUUAACUCCCCCGAAGCACUCCGGGCACACGUCGAGGGCCAUCUCAAGCAGAGCAAGAAGAAAGAGGCCGAAGAGUUGCGCGCGCGUAUUCUGGCCCAGUUCCCCAUCCAAGAAGCACUGCCACCAGCGGAUGUUCAGCACUGGAUGAGCGAGAUUGCCGUGAACAAGAACCCCGUCUCGCGCGGCACGCACGAGGGGCUGCAGCAGUGCGAGAUUGUUGGCAGGAUGACGGCUGAUGGUGAACAGAAGCCACUAUACCUCAUUCUUCUCCCAUCAGGUGCGACGGCAUGGACGCGGUACCGCCACCCGGAUCUCGAGAUUGGACAGAUCAUCCACAUUACCCCACCACCGUCAUCAUCAUCAUCAUCAUCGACAUCAGCAGCAUCAUCAUCAUCGUCGUCGUCGAAAGGAUUUGUGCACGUUGAGCACACUGCAACCUGA